UCAGUACAGUACUUAUCGCAGUCUACUCAUUGUCGAGCACAGCGACCACCUUCAUUUCCUACACUCACUUCCGCCGUUUCCAAUAUGGCAGCUACAAACAAACCAAACAAGCUGGCAUUCCUGUCUAUGCCAGCUCCUGCUUCCUACGUCGCUGGUCUUGGACGAGGAGCCUCCGGGUUCACAACUCGUUCUGAUAUUGGUCCUGCUCGAGAGGGACCUUCCGCUGAGGUUAUUGCGGAAGCGCAGGCCCGUCGAGGAGAAGAGCCGGAAUUUGAUGCUGAACAAUUCCAAGACCCCGACAACGAAUUUGGCCUCUUCGCCGGCACAACAUACGAAGCUGACGACGAAGAAGCAGACAAGAUCUAUGAUCUGGUUGACCACAUGAUGGAUGCCCGACGGAGGGCUCGCAGAGAAGCACGUGAAGAAGCAGAGCUGGCGAAACAUCGAGCAGAACGUCCUAAGAUACAGCAGCAGUUCGCCGAUUUGAAGCGAGGGCUCUCCGUGGUCACAGAUGAAGAAUGGGAAAACAUUCCAGAGGUGGGCAAUCUCACCCGGAAAAAGCGUAAAAGGGAUGAGAGAUCAUUCGUUGUACCGGACAGUGUCAUCGUUGGCGAUACAGCUAGGGGUCAGUAUGAGAGUGCUUUAGACGCAAGACAACAAGCGACUGGUGGCUUCGAGACACCUGCUGACUCUGGUACCCUUACCAACUUCGUUGAAAUGGGCCAAGCCCGAGAUAAGAUUCUCUCACUCAAGCUGGACCAGGUCUCUGGUACUUCGACAGCCUCAGGAUUAGCAACUUCCGUCGAUCCCAAAGGGUACCUCACCUCUCUCGACAGCGUUAUUAUAAAGACUGAUGCUGAAAUUGGCGACAUCAAGCGAGCACGAAUGCUCUUCGACUCGUUGGUCAAGUCGAAUCCGAAGCAUUCACCUGGCUGGAUUGCCGCCGCUUGUCUGGAAGAGCAUGCUGGUCGCAUGGUUGCCGCACGCAAGAUCAUCAAGAUGGGCUGCGAACAGUGUCCUAAGAGUGAGGAUGUUUGGCUCGAGGCUGCAAGGUUACAUAAUAACGAUGAUGCCAAAGUCAUCCUUGCUAACGCUGUCCAACACGUCGGGCAGAGCGUCAAGAUCUGGUUAGCUGCUGCCGAUCUGGAACACGAUAUAAAGGCCAAGAAGCGCGUCUUGCGAAAAGCACUCGAGCACAUCCCCAAUUCCGUCCGUCUCUGGAAGGAAACAGUAAAUCUCGAAUCAUCUGCCGCCGACGCACGAAUAUUGCUUGCUCGUGCAGUUGAAGUCAUCCCCCAAUCUGUCGAACUCUGGCUUGCCCUUGCACGUCUUGAGACACCCGAGAAAGCGAAAGCCGUCCUUAACAAAGCCCGUAAAGCAGUUCCUACCAGUCACGAAAUCUGGAUUGCCGCAGGCAGACUACUCGAACAGGAAGCUUACGUUUCUGGCAAGUCGGAGGAACAGCGCAAUAAAGAACUCGAAGUCGUCGACAAGACCAUUGAAGCUGGUGUCCGAGAACUUCGCAGGCACCAGGUGCUGUUGACGAGAGAACAGUGGCUGAAGGAGGCUGAGCGAUGUGAAGACGAAGGCUCGCCAAGGACAUGUGAGGCUAUCAUCAAAGCCACCGUGGCCAUGGAAGUCGAGGAAGAGGAUAGGUUGGAUACAUGGGUUGGUGAUGCUGAGAGUGCAGAGUCACGAGGGAAAGUGGGCACUGCUAGAGCGAUUCUUGCUUAUGCGCUUCGUGUGUUCCCUGAUCGCAAGAGUCUCUGGCGGAAAGCAGCAGAUCUGGAGAAGGCUCAUGGAACCCGGGAAUCCCUCAAUGCCAUACUUGAACAAGCUGUUCGCCACUGUCCUCAAGCUGAAGUCCUUUGGCUCAUGUGGGCGAAGGAGAAAUGGCUUGCUGGAGAUGUUCCUGCUGCACGUGAAGUUCUCGAGAAGGCCUUCGUUGCGAAUCCAGAAAGCGAACAGAUCUGGCUGGCUGCUGUCAAACUUGAAGCUGAGAAUGGUGAACUCGGAGUUGCGAGAGAACUCUUGGUUCGUGCUCGUACCGUUGCAGACACUCAAAGAAUUUGGAUGAAGUCCGCCGUAUUCGAACGCCAGCAAGGUCAAAUCUCAACGGCACUCGAAACUCUUGAGGCGGCACUGAAGAAGUAUCCCAAGUUCGCGAAGCUAUAUAUGAUCCAAGGUCAGAUUCAUCAAUCGCAAGGCAACUUCGCCGCUGCUCGAGCUUCAUAUGCUGCUGGUAUCAAGGCAUGUCCAAAGGAAGUGAACCUUUGGAUACUGGCGAGUAGAUUGGAGGAAGCGGACAACAGGAGCAUCAAGGCUAGGUCGUUGCUGGAUAAAGCACGUCUGGCAAACCCCGGUAGCGACGUGCUCUGGGCAGAAGCUGUUGGCGUGGAAGAGCGAAGUGGUGGAACUGCACAAGCGAAGACCGUUCUGGCUAGAGGCCUGCAGGAAUGUCCAAACUCUGGGCUCCUUUGGUCGAUGGCUAUUUGGGCAGAACCCCGACCGACGCGAAAGUCAAGAUCGGCGGAUGCGCUCAGGAAGGCCGCGGAUGAUCCACUCAUCAUCUGUACAGUCGCGAGACUCUUCUGGGCUGAGCGCAAGAUCGAGAAAGCUAGACAAUGGUUUGAGCGAGCGGUCAAGAUCAACCCUGAUAUUGGAGAUGUGUGGGGAUGGUGGUUGAAGUUCGAACGGCAACAUGGGACUCAGGAGUAUCAAGACGAGGUCGUCAAGCGAUGUGUUGCUGCCGAGCCCCAUCAUGGCCAGACAUGGCAAUCUAUUGCAAAGGAUAUGAAGAGCACUGGGAAGUCGACUAAGGAGAUUCUUGAGCUUGUUGCUGAUGCAUUGCAUUGAAGCAUCACUUAGAUUGUACUAUUAUCCGCCUGUAUCCCUAUUUCGUUAUUGGACCUUAUAUAAUACUCUGAAGUUAGACCUGUCCGAUUGUGUAGGUGUCACUGUACAGUUAUUAUACUCCCUACGUGCUGGUGGGUUAUGCAUCGCUGGCUAACAGCACCUUCGUUGAUGUGAACUUUGUUUCAGGCUCUUCCUGGAAUACACGCAAAUCAACGUAUCCUAAUAACUCUUCCUCCGUUUCCAACGACUCGGAUGGCAUCCUGACAAUGGUUCUGCAGGCUGAGACUCUGGAUCCUCCAAACGCCAAUUUCGACUCCGGACCUCAUUUUCCAGUGCCGAGCUUUCAUCCUUCCAAACAUCCUCUCGGUCCCACUGAUUCUGACUCUCCCCGUCGGCUUCAACUUCCUUCUUCUCCUUCUCGAUAAGCCCUUGAUGUCCUUGUAAUCGCGAUACCAGAAGUGGUGUAUCGAUGUUUGAUGUUAUUGGGCUUAGUUUAGGAGUUAUAAGAUGAUUGGGAGUUAGGCGUUGAUUGCGAUGAGAAGUGACGGUAUUUGGAGCAAGGUUGUUUUCGGACAUGGGAGGUAAGACGACCGCGCAGGGUGACCCCCGAACGUCUGAACCCGAUAAACGACGCUCGUGUGAACUUGAAAGCUCAAGUUGGAGCGCAACGCGAAUUAUAAGAGCAGUAUACGUGAUUCCCUAUGAAGAGUGGGACGAACAUAUCAUUAGUCGAAUCAUACGACGUUGAAUACAUAUUGAUUAG